CAAAAAUAGAAACAUUGACGAUUUCACUAGUCCAAAAGUUGAUUGUUAUUUGCCAAUUUUUGUUACUACGCAGAUAGAUUGGUUAACCAGGUCAUGCAUUUUGAUAAUUAGACAAGGAUCCAAGAACUGAAUCAUAUCAGAAAUGGCGGACAACCAGAAUAUUGAAAUAAUUCCAUCUUUGUCGGAGGCAAAGUUCCACCGAUCUGAGUUUGCUUCUGUAGUAUUCCACAAUGUUGCGGAGGUGUAUCCGGCUGAUGCCCAUGUAGAUUGUAUGUACACAAUCACUGCAGACAUAACUGCCACCUCGCGAGACUGGGUCGGCCUUUACAAAGUUGGGUGGAUAUCCCCCAAGGAUUACAUCUACUAUGAGUGGGCACCUAUGCCCAAAGACUACAAGCCUCAAACAGAAGCAGAGGGAGAGAUUUUGUUUCAAGCUCACACACUUCCCAAAGAGGAUGGCGAGUUCUACCAGUUCUGCUACGUGUCGAGCUCCGGCCAGGUGCGGGGCGCUAGCACCCCGUUCCAGUUCAAGGAGCCGUGUGCCGACGACUUCGUGGAGUUCGACGAGGAGGAGAUGGACAUGCUCGUGAUCCGGUCGAAGACGGUUGUUCUCAUGGAGAACCUCAACAAAGUGGAGGACGAAAACAAAAAACUCAACACGCUGAAAGAGAAGAUGGAGGAGGAGAUAAAGAGCCUGGUGGACAAGGUGCGGAUGUUGAACAAGUCUCUCGAUAAGGAGAAGAAGCAGAGGAAGAAACUGAACGACGCAUUGCACGCCAGCGAGGCAAAACUCGAGGAGAUGCUGUCCGAGUCGAACGACAUGACGCUGGUGCAUGACGAACUCACGGCCAAGAUCAACGCUCUCACAGAGAGUAAAAGCGAGGCCGACAAGAGUGUUGAGAAGACCCAGGAGGAGCUGUUGAUCCUGCAGGUGAAGGUCAAGGUUCUCCAGAGUGAGAAGGACGAACUGGAUGGGAAGAAUCGCACCAUCACCGAGGAGAUGGAGCUCUACAAGUCUCAUCUGUCAAAGUCUGAGAACUCUGCGUCAGAAUACGUUCACGAGAUCGACAUACUGAAGGCGCGCCUCGACGAACACAGCGCGACUGUCACGGAACUUCGUGGCCGCCUGGAGCAGAACGAACAGCUGGUGACGAAAUACACGGAGGAAAUCUGCUGCCUCAAGUCUCAGCUUCUCCAGGAGUCGCAGAAAGUGGAACAUCAAGUCAACGUCACUCAGUCCGAGAAGGAGAAUGUUCGGUCGUUGGUGGAGAAACUGCAGAACGUAGAAGACCAGCUGGAGGCGGCCGAGGGAAGGAAGGAGAUGAUUUGCAGCGAACUCGUCUCCUACAAGGAUGCGCAAGACAAGAUGUCUUCCGAUCUCGCCUCCAGCCGGUCCGACUGUUUGAGCAUGAAGGAACAGAUGGUGAAAAUGGAGCAAGACUUUCUAACAGAGAUCGAUGUUUUGCAGAAAGAACACAAAUCUGUGGAGAGAGACCUCGGGAAUGUUCUUAAGGAGAAAGAAGAGCUGCAAGCAAAGGUUUGCCAGCUACAAGAUGACCUUGAGAAGAUGCAAGAUAACCUUGACAGCACGUCGGCUCCGAUCUAUGCACUGAAGAAAGCGAAUGAUGUGUUAAAGGAGCGACUGGACAGUGCGAAAAGGAUUAUUAAUGAAAAGAAUGCUGAAAUAGUUAAACUGCAGAAGUAUCACACCCGUAGUCAUCAUGAGUUGACGCGAGAGGUGGAAGACUUGAAGGAGAGGAUCCAGAUGUGUACGGAGGAAUACAAACGCCUGUAUGUCGAAAACAAGAAGUGUCGAAAACGAUUCGACAAACUGCUGCAGAGGAAGCCCAAAGGGUUGCCGGAGGGUAGAGAACCAGCGAUUCACAAGGAGAAACUACUGCAGUCGCCAGCUUCAGAGUCAGAGAGUCGUAUCCGAGAUCGCCGUUCAUCUAGCAGCAGCUGCAGCGAGGCUGCCCUCACCUGUGCAGAGCUGGAGACGCAGGUGUGUGAGCUGCGCGGAGAGCUGGAGAGACAGAUGACGAAGAAGGAGAAGUACAAGAAGAUGUGUGUGGAGGAGAAGGAAAGCCAGUCGGCGCUGCGCCAGCACUAUUACGAGCAGCUGCAGGCCCGAGAUGACCAGAUCAAACAGCUCACACUGGGCGGGAAGAGCACCGACCACGCGGACAUCGAACACAAGCUCAGGAUGAUGGAGAACUGUUUGAACCAGAAGGAGAAGGAGAUUGAGGAGCUGACCCAGAAACUCAGAACAAGCAAGCUGAGACAGCUGUGGAGUGUUUGGGACGAGACCAUGCCUGAAGAAGGAUCAAACCCAGUACCUACCAAGAGAACAUCUCUGAAGAAACUCGAAGUGUCAGACAGCUCCUGCGAGCCGGCCGUGGCCCCGGCGAGUAACGCCGUCCCGAGCGAGGAGCCGGCGCUCAUCUACGGAAACCCAUACGUGGAGGAGUCGAUGAAGCUCACCCAGGAGGGAGCAGCGGCCGCCUCGGCAGCUGUCAGUUUGAAGGAGACAUGUUCCAUUGCGUAUCCUCCGCAGCCCGUUCAGUAUGCGGAGACAGGGGAGAUAACUACAGACAGCGACGGAAUGAUGAGUCCUAGCAGUCAGACUUUUGUUGCUUCGGUUUAUUUGCCCAUGCCACUUCAGCCGGAGGUCCUGCCGACGGCCCGUGUGGCAGCACUCAAAGCCACACUGCCGUGGAUGGCAGACUGCUCAGAACGACAGACGAUUAUGUUCGAAGUAGGAAACCGUUUUCCUUCAGCUCCUCCCGAGUCAUUUGCAGAAAGAAUUGUUACCGAGAAUGGAGACGUGAUUAAGAAAUGUCCGAUUUGUGAGACGUUCUUUGAGUCCGAAAGCAUGGACUUUGGCUUACACUACAUGGAACACUUCGGCCGAAUCUGCCCCAUGUGUCGUUACCAAGCCGACGACACAGUCAGUAAGGAAGAUUUCGAGUACCACGUUAAUUGCUGUAUCGAAAAGAACAACUAGACGCAACAGACGCCGAUUCUUCGCCGGAGCGAUACAGCCAUGACGUCGGGACUAGAUGAUUUCGUUAACAAAUCUUCAAGAAAGAUCGAUGACGAUACAACCAGUGUGUAAAGGAAUGCAAUUAUAAAAGAAAUCAUGAUUCUUAUUUUAUAGACUUUUAUAUUGAAUGAACACUACCAUUAUGUCAUUGGUAAACAGGUUUUAUUUGUUUAAUGAAUGCAGUGUGUUGGAAAUAUGUCGUCAUCUCUUUCCUGUAUGUAUAUAUAUAGCACUUCCCAAUUUUAAAAGCAAUUUUUUGUGAAUAAUGUAAUUUUUGUUUCGUUUUCCUAUGUUAAGUGCUGUUGUUCUUUUUAAUUAGCUAUGUUUGUUUGAUUUGUUUCAUGUCAAUAUAUGUUGGUUUAUGUGGUGUAUUUGAUUUUGUGUGUCAUCUCUUUGUCAACCAAUUGUUGUGUUCUUAUUCAGAUAAUACAGUUAACUAUAAUUUGCACUUAAAAUGGCUAAAACUUCUGUUACGAAUCAACUGGCCAACUAUGCGUCAGAAUUCCAAGAUAAGUUACAAGCACGUAAAGCCUUUUUUAAGUGCACACAGAACCUUUUUGUAUUUUAUUUUAAUUAUUUAGUGUUCAUCUGCUGUUAUGAAUGUUUUCCCAGUUAUAUGUUUCACAAAAACAUUAUUUUUACUAUUUGUUAAUUGUUUUUGUGGGGUGUUUUUUUUUCUUCAGUUCAUUAAUUUUUAUCUAUAUUUUUUCCUUUAUUUAUUUAGUUUUUGUUUUUGUUUUUAUUUAGGAUUUUUUUUCCUUUAUUAUUUAUUUAUUUUCUUUUAAUCUUUUUUUUUUUUUUUUUAUAAAUGUACAAUCAUUUGGUCUUUGUCUGUUAUUUAAUACGAAUAUUAACUGGGUUAUUCAGACUGGUGUCGAUCAUGAUGUAUUGUUGUAAAAUGUUAUUCCAUAACAUAAGCCUGACCACAAUGAGUUCAGAAUUUGAACACAGCAUACAAACUGAUUACAUAUUAAAAUCAUUUUACACAUUACUGUUACCAAAAGUUAACGAUGUGACCCAUGGGUAUUUGGUGGUGUGUGGAAACUAAAUGCUUGUAACCGUAAUAGCCAGAACUUUUCAUUGUUGAAUAAACCAUGAUUGACUGUAAAUCCGUAUGUACAUGUGCAUUGUACAGAGUGUUUCAAGACCACCAGUAGAUGUCAGAUUUUCAUUAUUUGCUUCUCUUUUUAUUUAUGUGUGAAGCUCAGCUUUUUGUCAUAAAAGACGUUUUUAUUUCGCUUAUCCUAAUGUUAUCAGUUGAUGAACUUAAAUUCACAAAGCAGGGAUCGAAUUUGAGGAAAAUAUUAACCAACAAGCACUGUACAAAACUUUAAAUUCUCAGUGCUGAGAUUGAAUUUGAGAGAAAUAUGAACCCACAAGCACUGUAUAGGGAUGUGAAAGGCAAAUUGUCACAGACUAUCGACUAUUAAAUGAUCUAACAAAAGUAUUACCUGCAAUGGUAUAAAUUUGAUUUGUCCCUAAAUGUACAUUUAUUCAGCUAGCUGCGUAACCACUAUACUCCACUUAUUAAUGAUAUUUUGUAAAAAUAAAUGAAUUAUGGCAAUGGUCCAUAAUUAAAAAAGUAAAAUUGCCGAGAGGUUUGACAUGGAUUUCACUCCAUCAUUGUUCAGUUAGGAUGAUGUGAUAGCCAGAUUGGGUUUUCAAAAAUUAGAUGUAAUUUUCAUUUAUUAUCCACUUUUAGUGAAAUAUGAUCCUUACAUCCGUGACAGUAUGCCUUUAAAUGGGAAUUGUGCAGUAAUAUUUCACUACAGAAUAUGUUUAUCUAUAUUACCAAUAGACAGUAAUUUGUAUUUCACCACUAAUAUGCCAUCUAAAUUGUACUAAAAUAAAUAAGAUUACUUAUCUGCAUAAAUUUAUGUAAAUGAUUAGUUUAGAAUAUUUUAACAUUUGAUUUUAUGUUUCUGUUUACUUGUAUGUUUAACAUAGCCUUUUCUGGUAAUGAAAGUAUUGUCAUAUACUUGUAUUUUACCAUAUAUUUUGUUGUGUACUUUUUAGAAAAAGUAUUUAGUAUUAAUAUUUGCUCUCUUUUUUUUUUAAAUUACAAUUCAUAUGAACAUUUUUAUUAGCUAGACAGUGAUUUAGCCAGGUAUGCACACACUCCAAUUUCCAUUAUUCUUAAAAAAACACCCCAAAAAACAACAGUUCUGAAAACUGCAUUUGUUCCAUUUUCUUAGAACAAACAUCAUUCCUAAACGUUUCUGACUAGAUAGCUUCUUAAAAUAUAAUAAUAACAUUACAGAUGAUUAGCACCGAAUUCUUCCUUUAAGCAAGAUUAUUAUUAAUUAGGAAAUUGCAGAUCAUGUCACAUUGACCAAAUCAGUAUCGAGAAGUUAUUUUCAUCCCCAGACUGCAAGAUGGAAUUAGUAUGAGAUGGUAUUACGCCAGUCGCCACGAAAACCUGCAGUGUAAUUACUUUAAUGUCAGAAGACUUGUAUUUGUAGUAAUAACGUUGAAUCAUUUUAUAAUAAUACUAAUUAUUGUUAUUAUUAUUAUCAGAAAUUAAUUUUUAAUAUAAUUUUGUUUUUAUAGCGGUUAUUAUUAUUUGUUUUUGUAUGUUGAUGAGUGCUUAAAUUAUUUAAUUUUCUAGUUUUCUGUUAUAUAUUAUUUGAUAUGUAAACUGUAAAUUGGUCAGUUUGCAGUCUUUUUAUUUUUUUAUUUGUCACCCAGAUGAUAAAAUGAAUUCAGUUGGUUUUUGUGACAAAUUGCUAAGCCAUUAAUAGUAGUAGUACAAAAAAUUAUAAUUUUAUUUUAAAAAUGGUAUUUGUUUAAAUCAAGCUUUUAGGCAUAUAGUUACUUGAUUUAUCAACAGUGAUAAUGUACCCUGUUCUGUUUCUCAUAAAAGUUUGUGUAUCAUUUUAAAAACUUGUUUAUAGUGUUUAAUUUGGAACUAAAAUCUGAUAACAAUGUUGUCUUUAUGAUUGUAAUCAGGCUAAAAUAUUUUAAAAUGAGUAAUUGACUGCAUUUCAAUAACAAAUAUCAAGAAUGAUGAAUAGAUUUUUCACCGUUAUUUUUUCUCAACAUAGGUGCAUAAUUUAGCACACGUCUUAACAGUUAAUCAGUGUACUCUAGUGGUGUCAUUAAACAAAACAAACUUUAAAACUAUUAGUCUUAACAGUUUGAUGAGGAAGCAGUUUUGAUAUUUUGCAAUCUUCUACUUACUAACAAACCCAGUACAUAUUUUGUAAAAAAAAUAUAAAAAGUUUAAAAAAAGAAGAAGAAAAUUAGUAGUGUUUUUGUCAGUUUUUUUGUCUGGUGGUCAUGCUGUCGACGUGUAUUUUAACAUGCCAGUGUGUGUGGAUAUGAUGAGUUUUACUACGGCUGUGAUUUUUAGAUUGAUUGAAUUAAUAUCAAGAUUGUUAUGUAAAAUAAUAUUGGUGUUGCAUAAGGUAUUUUUAAUUUUCUGUAGGAUUAGUGUCAUACUAUAUUAAAUGUCUAAAAAGAA